CUCCCGCCACCCUCCAGGUUUGGCCUCGCUGGAGGUGCGGCGGGUGGAGGGCGAGAGCGGGUGGCUCAAUGCGUCCUAUGCGCCCGUGCUGCGGCAGAUGCAGGAGGCCGGCGCCAAGAGCUUCUACUUCUCUGCUGCUGCUGCCGUGGAGGGCCGGGAACCCAUCAAGUUCCACAACCCCAAGUACAUGGCGCUGCUCAACCACCUGCGGUUCUACCUCCCCCAGCUCUUCCCUUCCCUGCACCGCAUGCUCUUCCUCGACGACGAUGUCAUUGUGCAGAAGGACCUCUCCGCCCUCUUCUCUCUGGACAUGAACGGGGCCGUGAACGGUGCAGUGGAGACGUGCAAGGGGUCGUUCCACCGCUUCCACCGCUACCUCAACUUCACCGACACGCGGCUGAGAGGGCGCUUCGACCCCGAGGGAUGCACGCCCAACAACUCUCGCCUUGUCGACACCUCGCUGCAGCACCUCUGUGUGUUCAGCGACAACCUUCUGGCCGUGUCCGCUGCUGUCAACUCCACCGUGCUCUCUUCCAGUGACCCCUCACGGCUGGUUUUCCACGUCAUCACCGACGCCACCUCCUUCCCCGCCUUCGUGGUGUGGUUCUCCCGCCACCCUCCAGGUUUGGCCUCGCUGGAGGUGCGGCGGGUGGAGGGCGAGAGCGGGUGGCUCAAUGCGUCCUAUGCGCCCGUGCUGCGGCAGAUGCAGGAGGCCGGCGCCAAGAGCUUCUACUUCUCUGCUGCUGCUGCCGUGGAGGGCCGGGAACCCAUCAAGUUCCACAACCCCAAGUACAUGGCGCUGCUCAACCACCUGCGGUUCUACCUCCCCCAGCUCUUCCCUUCCCUGCACCGCAUCCUCUUCCUCGACGACGAUGUCAUUGUGCAGAAGGACCUCUCCGCCCUCUUCUCUCUGGACAUGAAUGGGGCCGUGAACGGUGCAGUGGAGACGUGCAAGGGGUCGUUCCACCGCUUCCACCGCUACCUCAACUUCACCGACACGCGGCUGAGAGGGCGCUUCGACCCCGAGGGGUGUGCGUGGGCGUAUGGCAUGAACCUGUUUGACCUGGAUGGCUGGAGAGGGGCCAAUGUGACGGGCACAUACCACUACUGGCAAGAGCAGAAUGUUGAUAAUUCAUUAUGGAAGCUGGGGACAUUACCGCCGGGCUUACUGGCAUUCAAUGGGCUUACACAUGCCAUCGAUCCGUCAUGGCACGUCCUGGGGCUCGGUUACAACCCACAUCUGGACAUGAAUGCCAUCUCUAAGGCCGCGGCCAUACACUGGAAUGGUAACCAGAAGCCAUGGCUGAAGAUUGCUUUACCGAAUUAUCGUAGCCUUUGGACGAAGUAUGUAAGCUUUGACGAUCCGUGGCUUUCAGAAUGUGGUGUAACAUGAUAUAACACCUCUAACCAAUUUG